CCCUUUAAACCAGCAGCGCGCAAACUGAUGCCACACUGCGGCUUCUUAUAACCACAUCCACAUCGGCUGUGCACUACAGAAGAUCCUUCAGCAACACAGGGAACUCGAGAAUCAGCCUAAAUGCAAAAAAAAAGCUAUUGAAUGAAAAAACGUGCUUUGUUUUCAUAACCGAAGAGUAGUUUGUAUUAUCCAAUAAUAUUCCUUGACCCUGUGAAUGCAUUAAUAAUAUGCAUUUUGAAGCAAUGUAACAAAAAAACUUUUUAAUACAACACAACCAGUUUAGCUUAUUGUUAUUUAUUUAUAUAUUUUGGAAAAAAAAGAAGAAAAAAAAAGAAGAAGAAAAAAAAGGUUGAUAUGGAUUUAGGAAACCUGAAGGAGCUGUUGGAGUGUUUAAGCGUUGCAAACAGCACAUUUCUGAACGGUAGUUUGGACCUGAGCGACAGUAACAGCACCUGCGGAGAAGAGCACUUUAUUCCCCAAGAGCAACCUGCACGACAUAUAGAAAUGGAUUCAGUGCGGAUACUGCUCUACUCUCUGAUAUUCCUGCUCAGUGUCUUUGGGAACCUGCUCAUCAUUGUGGUUUUAGUGGCAAAUAAGCGAAUGCGGACAGUCACCAACUCCUUCCUCCUCUCUCUGGCUGUCAGUGAUCUGAUGAUGGCUGUGUUUUGCAUGCCCUUUACCUUCAUCCCAAAUCUGCUGGAGGACUUCAUCUUUGGAGCUGCCAUGUGCAGGAUUGUGGCCUAUCUCAUGGGAACUUCUGUUAGUAUUUCCACCUUCAGUCUUGUGGCCAUAGCAAUCGAGAGAUACAGUGCUAUCUGUAAUCCUCUGAAGUCCCGGGCCUGGCAGACUCGUUCCCAUGCAUACAAGGUUAUCAGUAUGACUUGGGCUCUGUCUUUUCUCAUCAUGACCCCAUACCCAGUCUUCUCCUCACUUGUUAGCUACCCCAAACCCAACAACAUCACUGCACAUAUGUGCCGCCAUGAUUGGCCCAAGGACCAGGUGAAGCAGGCUUGGUGCAUCCUGUUGCUGUUGAUUCUUUUUGUCAUACCUGGAGUGGUGAUGAUCACUGCUUAUGGGCUCAUCUCCCGGGAGCUCUAUUGCGGAAUACAGUUUGAGCUGGAGCAGAAGAAAGGCCAUAGAACGAAGAAUGGUGCAGCUGCCACAAUCUCAUCUGGCAUUGAUCAUGGUGAUGGUUGCUACAUUCAGGUACUGAAGCGACCCAACUCCAUGGAGAUGUCCACUCUCACCCUAACCACCUCUGCCAAGGUGGACCGUCCUCGCAGCAACACCUCUGAGAGCAAACUCAUGGCCAAAAGGCGCGUGAUCCGCAUGCUGAUUGUCAUUGUGUCCAUGUUCUUCAUCUGCUGGAUGCCCUUGUAUUCUGUUAAUACCUGGAAGGCCUUCCAUCCACCUUCUGCCCACAGGGCUCUCUCUGGAGCCCCAAUCUCCUUCAUUCAUCUCUUGUCCUACACUUCAGCCUGCGUCAAUCCCAUCAUCUACUGCUUCAUGAAUAAGCGCUUCCGCAAGGCUCUGCUAACCACUUUCUCCUGCUGCUGCCAAUCAUGCCGCCCACGGAGCUUCAAUGAGGGAGAUGAAGAUGUCACUGCCACUGGGGCAUCUGUGUCUAAGUUUAACUACACCACCAUCAGUACCAUGGGACCAUGCUGAUUUCCAACAAAAGAGAGAGGUGGCUUGAUCUUAUGAUGCUACAUAAGAUGAAUGGAGACAAGGAUGGAGAAGGUUCAGUGGAUGAUCGUUGGGUUGGACUGAUUAUUGGGACUCGGAUUAUUGGGAAAUGCCUUGCCUCAUGAGGAGUGGACCUAGGAUUGACUUUGCAGUGAUUGAGAAUGUGCUGCUAUGUGAAGUUAAUUCUGUUGUGUUAACAAUAAUAUCAGCAUGCUAAUUUAUCACUUAUUGUUGUUUUGUAAUUUGUGAUUGCCUAUACUAUUAUACAUGUAUAGUAUUAUUAUUAUUAUUGUUACAUGUAUUUUACUAUAUCUACAGUAACUUUGUGCUGAUUUUAAUGGCCUGCUUACAAGUGUGUUGCUGAAAUGCUGAAUUUUUUGACAGUCAGUGGGAUAAAUAAUUCAUUUUUAAUUAAAACAAAUUUACAGACGGGUAACAAAUUUAAGGAAAAACCGGAAUAACUGAGCAAUAUGAAGAGUGCAGAUGCUUCUAGACAGGAAUACUAUGUGGAAGAAUUAAGCAAUUACCAACCUGCCGUGCUCUUUGGCAAAUAUAAAAAUGCUUUUGCAUCAAGAUGGCAAGAGGAAAAGAUCUAAGUGACUUCAUUAUUCAUUAUUGGGUCUCAGAAGGCUGGAGUUUCAGUAACAAAGAUUGGUCAAUUGGCUUAAUAGCAACAGUGACUAAAGUGACAUCUGCAUUUAGAUCAAUGGAAAAGACAUCAAUGUAUAGGGAUGGAAAUAAAUUUAAUCAAAUACUACAGAUACAUUCUUGAUAAAUAUGUGACUUAUUGUUAAUAUCAGUUGUGCAAUAAAAGAAAAGUAAAUAAAAAAAUCACAGGACAACCUUAAAUGCACAUGGC